GAGCAUUCAGAUCGGUGGCCCCCAGGCGGUAGCUGAUUUCUUUCUGGCAGGAGCGUUCCACGUUCCACGCAUUUCCCUCGCCCCUGCUCCGCCACAAUCCCCGGUCUUGCGGCAUUCGGAGCCCCUUCCUUAGGCCGAGCCAUGGCGUGGGCGCUGUUCCUGGCGCUCUGUAACCGGGCGCUGGCCCCCGUGGACGCGCUGGACGCCAUGGGCCCUCAUGCAGCAGUCCGCUUGUCGGAGUUGCUGACCCCAGAGGAGUGCAGCCACUUCCGAUCGCUCCUCGAGGCGCCAGAGCCUGACCUGGACGCCGAGUUUGCCCGGCUAUCUGAGGACCGGCUGGCUCGCCCCGAGCUGCUCACACCCUCUCCAGGAGCGCAGGACACCGUGGGGCAACGGCGGCGGGCGGCAGCUAUGCAGCCGUCGGAGGGGUCGGAGGGCGCGCCAGCCGGGUCCAGGGAGGUGUCUGACGGCUGCCGCGAGGCGCUGGCGUCCUGGUUGGCUGCCGAGGCCCCGGCCCUGUCGUGGGACCGCGUGGCCCGGGCCCUACGGCGUAGCGGCCGCCCCGAUGUGGCGCGGGAGCUGGCCAAGAACCUCCACCAGCAGGCGACGUUGCAGUUGCGCAGGUCGGGCGCGAACUACGUGCAGCCGCCGUUGGCCCCGGACCCCGCCUCCGCCCCGGACCCCGCCUCGGCCUCGCGCGAUCGCCGCGCUGCGGUCCCCGCGCCCUCCUGGGACGACCUAGAGCUGAUCGUGGAGCGCUUGCCGCAGCCCCCGUACACGCGAAACCCAGCAGCCUGGAUCGGGCCGUUGGCGCUCGGCCUCCUCGCGGGCUUCGUGGGCGCGCUGGGCAUUGGGGCGCUGAUCACUGUGCUCACGCUGUGGAUCACCGGCAGCGACGGCGACCCCGCGCGACCUCACGCCCCCUCCCAGCGCGCUUUCUCCCUGCCCAAGCCGGCCACGGCGGCGUCCCGCCGCUGGGAAACAGAGCCUCUCCUGCCCGGAACCUGGGCGCCAAGGGGACCGUCCCCCAACCAGGGCCGGCAGCUGUGAAUCGUGGGUAGCGUGCCCCACGGGGCCCCACUACUAUAAAGUUUCCGAAGGACGUAGAGGACGCAGUCUGUGGCUGGUUGGAUGAAAAUGGGUGGCACGGGCCCCAGGAGCGGGCCCAGAGGUCCCCAGCGCUGCCCAACGUCCCCCCCACCUGCCACACUUUUGGAUACCUGUACCCAUUCGGUGCCAGGAAGCAGCUCACCAUUCCUUACAGGGCGGGGCGCAGUCGGACUCUUGGCCCCAGAGCUAUCUGGCAAGUCUGCGCCCCAGAGGCAGGAAGGAGCUCGGGCCCUGCUGGAGUGUGCAGCGCCACUCAGUCACUCCUCAAGGCCUCCCGAAGGCUCAGCGGGGACCUGACACUUUCCCACACACUACUGAUGAGCCAAGCCCUGGAGAGUCUAUGGCCAGGAAGUCCCAGGGCCAGGGACUUGAGGCGAAAACCGUGACAGAAUGACAGGCCAGUCCAAGAGGAGAGU